AUGGCAGCCUCCACUAUGGCUCUUUCUUCACCAUCUUUCGCUGGUAAGGCAGUGAAGCUCUCACCAUCUGCCCCUGAGAUCACUGGCAACGGGAGGGUGUCAAUGAGGAAGGCUGUGAGCAAGUCAGUUUCUUCAGGCAGCCCGUGGUAUGGCCCUGACCGUGUUAAGUAUUUGGGACCAUUAUCCGGUGAGCCCCCAAGCUACCUCACUGGUGAAUUCCCUGGUGACUAUGGUUGGGACACUGCUGGACUCUCAGCUGAUCCUGAGACAUUUGCCAAGAACCGUGAGCUUGAAGUGAUCCACUGCAGAUGGGCCAUGCUUGGAGCUCUUGGAUGUGUUUUCCCUGAGCUCUUGGCUCGCAACGGUGUCAAGUUCGGUGAGGCUGUGUGGUUCAAGGCUGGUGCACAAAUCUUCAGCGAGGGUGGACUAGACUACUUGGGCAACCCAAGCUUGAUCCAUGCCCAGAGCAUUUUGGCCAUCUGGGCUUGCCAAGUCAUCUUGAUGGGAGCUGUUGAGGGCUACCGUGUUGCCGGUGGACCAUUAGGGGAGGUAGUCGACCCGCUUUACCCUGGUGGAAGCUUCGACCCCUUGGGUCUUGCUGAUGAUCCGGAGGCAUUUGCAGAGCUCAAGGUGAAGGAGAUCAAGAAUGGUAGACUUGCCAUGUUCUCCAUGUUCGGAUUCUUCGUGCAGGCAAUUGUAACCGGAAAGGGUCCAUUAGAAAACCUUGCUGAUCACCUUGCUGAUCCAGUUAACAACAAUGCUUGGUCUUAUGCAACAAACUUUGUUCCUGGAAAGUAA